AAUUUUAAAUAUAUGAUUGUAUCUAGCUCAUAUGCUAAAUUAAGCAUGAAGUUUGUCAAAAUAAAAUAAAAUGUUGGAAGCUAUUUCUGUUAGUUUAAGUUUGAAUUCAACAUAUUACAAUAAUUAUGAAGUACCUAUUUGACUUAUUAGUGAUACUUUUGAUUUAUAUAGGCUAUAGUACAGCUUGCAACGGAUGGUCUGCAAAAAUAGUAAGUUACAAAAAUUGUGUCGACAAUGGAAUUAUAACGUUGCCAACAAAAGGUUUGAAGGUUGUAUUGGAUAAGGACUGUAACAUAUAUGUUGACGGUUGUCUGGAAAUUACAAAAAGCUACAAAUCUGCUAAGGGUUCAUAUCAUAUUAAAAAGCCUCCAUUGCCCAUGAUAGAUGGUGAUAUGGAUUUCUGCGAAUUAGAUAAGCAAAUAAAGAGUAUGCCAGAUGCCCAAAAAGCAAUUGACAUGUUUGGAUUGCCAGUCACAUGUCCCGUUAAUGCGGGCAAGAUUUGUGCUGGUGCAGAAAAGAAAUUUAGUAUCACCAAGUACAAGAAUCAACUUGGCAUGGCCGCUGGCACAUCAACAAUUAAAGUAGAAGUUGAGCACGAUGUUGGAAAGAGCUGCUAUGAGUUGGAGUUCAAUUUAAGUAAAGUUAAGAAAGGGUAA